UGGGGUGGGCUGCAAAAAAAUUAAUCUAUCCACCCAUAAAAGUGAAUAAAUCAACAAAAUGGUGUUAAUAUUGAUAACUAACGUGAGGAUGCUAAUACCUAUGACCAUCUCCAGAAAACCUCCACCAAAAUUUUCCUCUGUAUUCAGCCCAUCGUCAUUUGCCUGUCUUUCUACAACCACUAGAAGUGACAUCAAAGUUGAAUCUCCUCUACUUAAUCAGAACUCUCCUACUAAUCUUUCACUUAAUCCAAUUAGGCGUUCUGGGAAUUACAAGCCUCCCAUAUGGGAUGCUCAACUUAUUCAAUCCCUGCACAAUCCUUAUGUGGGAGACAAAUAUGUGAAGCGUUUUAAUGAACUGAAGAAGGAAAUCAAGAAGAAUUUGAUGAUGGUUAAGGGAUCACAAGAGCUAGAAAAGUUGGAGCUGAUUGAUAAUUUACAAAGGCUUGGAGUAAGCUACCACUUCAAGGAUGAAAUCAUGCAAAUUUUGAAGAGCAUACAUGACCAAAGUAGUAGUGCUGCAGCCACAGGAGAUUCAUUAUAUCACACAUCUUUGAAAUUUAGACUUUUGAGACAACAUGGGUUUCAUGUCUCUCAAGAUAUACUGAACGACUUCAAGGAUGAGCAGGGCAACUUCAAGCAAAGUCUUUGUGAAGAUACAAAAGGAUUGUUACAAUUAUAUGAAGCUUCAUUUCUCUCUACAAAUACUGAAACUCCUAACUUAUUGGAUUCAGCAAAUACAUUUGCAAUGUCACAUCUAAAGAACUAUUUGCACAUGAAUAGGAGUACUAAUUCUAAUGGUGAUCAUCAAGACAAUCCAACAGUGGAACGAAUAGUGCGUCAUGCCCUGGAACUUCCUUUGCAUCGCAUGAUGUUGAGAGUAGAGUCUAGGUGGUACCUAAAUAUUUAUGACAAAAUCCCAAAUGCUAAUCCCCUUUUACUCGAACUUGCUAAGUUGGAUUUCAACAUUGUGCAAUCAACACAUCAAGAAGAUCUAAGAAAUCUAUCAAGGUGGUGGAAGAGCACAUGCCUGGCAGGAAAAUUUCCAUUUUCAAGGGAUAGAAUUGUUGAAGCAUUCUUAUGGGUAGAUGGGAUGUUGCAUGAACCUCAAAAGAAUCAAAACAGCCGAACAAUGUUGACGAAGGCCCUUGCCGUACUUGUAGUCAUAGAUGAUAUUUAUGAUGUUUAUGGCACGCUAGAUGAGUUGGAACUCUUCACUCAUGCUGUUGAAAGAAUGGAGAUAAAAGCUAUGGAUGAGCUUCCGGAUUAUAUGAAAGUAUGUUACCUUGCACUCCUGAACGUUAUUACUGAAAUUGGCUACGAAAUUCUCAAAGAGCAAGAGAUCAACGUCAUUCCCUAUCUUAAAAAAUCAUGGAUAGAUUUGUGUAAAGCUUACUUACAAGAAGCAAGAUGGUACCACAGUGGAUAUAAGCCAAGUCUGAAAGAAUACAUGGAUAAUGGAUGGGUCUCAAUUGCAGUACCAGUCAUGUUAGUCCAUGCAUUCGUUUUCGUCACAAAUCCAAUUACCAAAGAGGCAUUAGAAUGGUUAAGCAAGUACCCGGACAUACUUCGUUGGGCUUCUACAAUUAUUCGUUUCACCGAUGAUUUGGGGACAUCCUCGUAUGAAAUGGAAAGAGGUGAUGUUCCCAAGGCAAUUCAAUGCUACAUGAAUGAGAAGGGUGUUUCAGAAGAAGAAGCAAGAAAACACAUCAAUAUGUUGCUAAAAGAGACAUGGAAACUGUUCAACGCAGCGCAACAGGAUAAUUCUUUAUCUCAUGAAACAUUCUUAGGAUGUGCAAUAAAUGCUGCAAGAGCUAGUCAUACCAUUUAUCAGCAUGGAGAUGGGCAUGGGAUUCAAAAUUCUGACAUUAAAAAUCGCAUUUCCCAAUUAUAUUUUGAGCCCAUUGUGAUUUCGGUUCCAUAAAAUCCUACCUUUUGUUUUUUACCUGUGUAUACUUAGUGUUAUUCUAUUCUAAAGUGCUUUACGUUUUAUGUUUCUUUUGAAGAAAGUUACUUCUUUCGUCCCA